AUGAAACAAGUGCUGACUUCAAGGGAAAUUAGUAUAAAAACAAGAAUUAGGUUGGCAAAAUGUUAUGUUUGGUCAACCCUGCUUUAUGGAGCAGAGUGUUGGACAAUGAAUGCAAGUAAUGAAAAGAAAUUAAAGGCAUUUGAAAUGUGGAUGAUUCGGAGAAUGCUGAGAGUUUCUUGGAAGGCAAGAAGAACAAAUGAAGAUAUCCUGGCAAUUGCAAACCAGAAAAGGACCUUAUUAGAAGUAGUAAGGAAAAGAAUUGUGAGAUAUCUGGGUCAUGUUAUGCGACACAACAGCCUACAAAAACUAUUACUAGAGGGAAUGAUAGAAGGGCAAAGAGGUAGGGGUAGGCCAAGAAAGAACUGGUUCAGCAACAUCAGGAAUUGGACAUACUUAACGUAUGAAGAGUGCUCAAGAGAAGCACAAGAUAGGUCAUGGUGGCAUGAAAUGGUUGUCAACCUCCUGACAGGAGAAGACACAUAA